CAGACGGUUCCCAAUAACCUUAAAGGACAUUAAGGAAAGGCUAAAUUAUCCUCGAAGGAAAUGUACGACGAUUAUGCGUUCGAUCACGCACCGGGAGGGGAGGAAGAAUAUGAGGGCCCCAUUGUCCAGCCGAUUCCGGACAACCUUAUGGUUGGCGACUACAUUGAAAUAAACGGAAUUUGUCGUGGGCCCGAAGUCAUAAUUGAGCUGAUCACGGAAGAACAACAAAGAGGCAUGCGAAACGAUAUACUUCCGCUUCACGUUCGUCUGCAAGCUGGAGGACCGGUUUUAGUGAAAAAUUACUCAAAGGACAAGGUCAAUCGACAAGAGUACAACCAUCGCAUGGGUAUGCAACAAAACUUGGCAUUUGAGCUAUGCAUCUAUGCACUAGAAGAAGGCUACGAGAUCAAGCUAAAUGGCGAAACAGUCUGUAUGCAGAAACACGUCGUCAGGUUGGAGGAUGUUGCCGCAAUCACAAUGGAUGGAGAUGCCGACUUCACCAGCAUUGAAUUCAAGGACACUUCUGGUGAAGACGCUGAAGGAAUUUAUGAUGUAGAAGAACCACAAUUAGGGUAUAUGCGCGUCCAAGAAAUGCGCGACAGCUUCUCACGCAAACCUGCUACCCCGAUUGUUGUGAGAUCAAGCGUUAGACGAAGUAAACGGUCGAAUGAGGUUGCCUCACCAAUGCCAAUAGGCAAAUCAGAGUGGAAGACUUCAAGUGAUUUGUCCAAACCUACCAUAGAUAUUGAUACCGUUUCGAGAGCAGCGCGUGAUUCCACCAGUGCCUACAUGACGCAUAAUGCCGGGGUCAACGCUUCGUCCGACGGCUACAGAACAUCAACGGUUGACUUAUCACCCAAGUCAAAGAAACGAUCUACUGUGCUACCUACCAUUGGGAGUCGGAAAUCCAUCAAUCUAGAUGAAUCGAAACUAGAGGAAUAUGCAGUUGUUGGUGGAUCCCAAAGUCGAACAAUCGCGGGUGAUUCCCAUGGAGGGGCCUACCGGUUACUGGAUGAUGAAACCAUGCCUGUCUCAAGACCUUCGAUUCAAAGCUUGCGUGGCACCAGUUUGAGUGCGUCUGCAGCUAGUCUGCAAGAAAAGAAGAAAAAACGGGGUUCUAUUUUUGGAAGAUUCCGGAAAUCCAAGGGAUCCGAGCCGGAUUUAUCUGCGGUUGAAACGGAAAAGAAGAAAAAAGGGUCAAGAAGUCUCCUGAGAACAAAAAAAGGUGUUACUUCCGUUUCGGCGAAUGAUGUGCGUAUGUCAGCCUCGUUCACAGACAUGCCUACGACUGCCUCUGGUUCUGUCUUCGGACAAUCUAGCACCAUGAGUUUGCGGCCAAACUAUUUGGGGGUUGGGGCAGACCUAGCUCCGGUGCCAGGACCAAUACCAAAGAGUGCGUCCAAAUUGUCUGCACCUGAAAUGGCGGCGUACGUGGCAGGACAGAAAGCGGUGCCGGAAUUCGAGGCGUUCAUGCUAACGAAUGGAGUCGAUCCAGCUUCUUACACACAUUUAAACGACGAGAGAAGCUUGCAAACUUUCUCCAGGCCUUAUCCUGAAUCCCAUACGAUGACCGCAGGUCCAAGCCAAGUCGCUCCUAUUAUGCGAGCAUCUGAAGGACCAGUGUACUUGAAUGUCGGUGUAGAUCGUGCCUCUGUUCCAGGUCCGGUUCCAAAGAGCGUCGCGAAAGCAGCAGCUCCGGAAAUCGCUGGAUAUGUUGCUGGUCAGAAAGCGAUUCCUGAAUUCGAAAACUUUACCAUAAUAGGACCAGUGUCGGCUGCCUCGGUAGGAAGUGUAAUGGCGUAUGAUCAACCAACUCAAAGAAUGUCAGCGGCACCCACUGUACCAACUACAACACGUAAGCUAAAAGGAAACGCUCCUGAAAACGCAGACAUUUUGUAUGAUUCUGGUCGAGCAAGCUUUGACCCCAACGUGAACCUCACUGGUGGAGCACCAGAGCCAGUCCCGCGAGGAAUAGAGUCUAGGUACAUGGAAAAUGACCUGCAAAGGGCAACAAAACCGCCAAAGCUGAAAGGAAGCGCACCGCAAAUGGCCUCAGCUGUCCAAAGCUACUAUCAGAACGUCGCACCAGGGGAUUCGAAUCUUGUUGACCUAAAAGCAACUGAUUUUCGUCCAACAUCCGGUUCUGUGGUUGCUCCAUUAGGUCCUCCACAGUAUUCGGAAUCCAAACCAGCCAAACUUAAGGGACCAGCCCCUGAGCUUGCAGCCAAACUAGAAGACAAGUAUCAUGGAAGAAUGGGGCAUCUACCCGAAACCACACUAGCAGGAGAUGUCUCAACACAGAAGCCCAGAAGCUCUAUGGUACAAAGACCGGUUUAUGACGUUGAUAAUGUAAUUUCCAAACCGAAGUACAAUAUGAACCCUGUCAUACAAAAACCGGUUUACCAAGAACCUGUUCGUUCUGCAUCAGUUCCCUAUCCCAGCUAUUCCAGAGAUGAAGAUACCGAGAGCGCUAUCCAUUCCGAUGGAGAAUACGUUCUUACUGUGGGAAGAAGUGAUUACUAUUAUGAAAGAAAAAGAUCCCUCAGAAAUUACCGAUCUAGGCGCUCGCGGGCCAAAGAACGAGAGACUCGUGCCUCCAUGGGAUUCCCGAACCGCAUCGAUUCCGCCGGAAGUAGUAUUUCCUCCCUUACGGAGAGCGAAUUGAUGCUAUGCAGAAAGAGCCGACCCUUCAUGUCCCAACAAGAUUUCAGAGAGCGGCCUGUAUAUUCCACCAGGGCGAACAUGUCCAAAGUGUAUGCAGAACCUCCAACAAUAAAAUCUAUACCUAUUCCAACUACAAAGUCAUACGUGGACGCUACUGAACUAAGAAAUAACAAAUUUGGAGCCAAAUUCCCACUCACUCUUCGCUCUGGGCGUAGUGCACUUCUGACUGGUCACUUUUUGAAUGAACUGCCCAUACCGCAAUCAUGCACCAUACGCCUAUGGACAGACGAGAUAACAGAAGUGGAUUCGUUCUCGGCGAUGACAGUCGAGGUGUGGUCUACCAGUUCAAUGACAGUCUAUGGUACAAAGAAUAGCAACCCGACUUGUUUGGUAUCCUGGAAGGGCGCGGACAACUCAACCAACUUGGACAGCCACAAAAACUUCGCUAUUUGUAUUCACGCAAGAGGACUGUACUCCGCUGUAUCGAUCAAUGAUUACGUCACACUGAAACUCCCAGAAUCAUUCAAUCCUGUUCUUCUGAAUCACUUGGAACUCGAAAGUUCCAAAAACGCUGAGCUAGAUCUCUUUUCAGUCACUGAUAAUCUGGUGCUGCCAAUUGAUUUGUUAUUCCCCAAAUAUUCCAACCGAGCGGAGACGCAAAUGGUUCUGCUGAAGACUCAGAUGACAGCGGACACAAAAUGUGUGACAGUGACUUUUUCGACCCAGACGAACAAACUCUUCACAGUUGUGUUCGACUUUGAGCAAUAUCGUAUCUCUGUGCAGCCAGCAGCAGAAGAUGGACGGCCUGUUUCGUGGAAGGAGAUCAUAUUCGUGCCAGAACAAAUCCGUGAAAUAGAGAUUUGUCGAUUUACGACAGAAAAUAGCCUGUCGGUGAGAGCCAAUGCAACCGAAAUGCUGAAUCAACCGCUCCCUCUAACAUGUCCUGCGGGUGACCUGAGCCGUAUUCGCAUUAAUGGNCCCUAUAGUUUCCCCUUCAGUUGCCUACUCUCCUUCAGGAUGGCUUGUUCCCAUGACCUAGUUUCGAGGAUGAAACACAUACAUUGUGCCGCUUCUACAAGAUUUCCAGCUUUCGACUAUAUUUAAGCCCUUGAUCGGAAAACGCAUCGUUUUCAAACUUGUUACUGUUUUAUCAAUAGCAGGCUUCAUUAACGUCUUUGCUGGCUUCGGCGAUAUUUUAUUCCAAAUAUGGUUUCCCUAUUGAUUUGUUGAAAUGGAGAGAAAAAUACGUACUUCACAUUACAUUAUAGGCCCUCCUUCACCCCAAUAGUCGAUCCCCAUAAUAAUAUUACUAUGCUGAUUUCUGAACUACCUUGCUUCAACCUACACAUAUCGCUUCUUUGGCCUACCCGAGUUGUUUGUACACCACAUACCCGUUUAUCAUGUGUUUUUUGAACUUGAGUUCGCUGAAAACCUUUCUCCAUCGCCUUCAGAAGGGUUUGGAUUUUGGGUACGUUCAAAAUUGAAGGUAAUAUCAAAAACUGAGGUGGUUACAAAUCGAUGGGUAACAAAUCGAUUUGUAAUCAGUCGAACUGAAACUGGUCUAUGUUCACCCUUUGCCUGAUUAUAGUCGUUGACUAGCCACAACCUUUCGGCUGCGAACAGUCUCUUUCUGUCUUACUCAUUGUGUUGAAUCCAUACCAGCUAGCCAAUGAACACGUAAAAAUUCGAAAAGACUUUCGAUCAAAUUUAUGAGAACCAACUGAUGCUUUGGUCACGUGUUGUGUAAUACUAGAAGAC